GAUCAGGGCCCUGGGUCUGAAUCAUCCACUUCCUCCACCCCGGAUUGGAGGAUCCAGCAACACCUCCUCUGACCCCCACCCCAUCUGGAAGGAUAAAUGGGAAGGGAGAGUGGGCUGAGGUUAUAGCAGCAGCGACCAGUCAAGAUGCUGAGUCUGCUGGUGCUGGCACUGCCCCUCCUGCUGAGCCUGGGCCACACGGCCCCUGCCCCAGCCCCGAGCCAGGACCUGGAGAGAGUGGGCAUCGUGGGGGGGCAGGAGGCCCCUGGAAGCAUGUGGCCCUGGCAGGUGAGCCUGAGAAUCAAAACCAAAUUCUGGAUGCACUUCUGCGGGGGCUCCCUCAUCCACCCCCAGUGGGUACUGACCGCCGCGCACUGCCUGGGACCGGAAAUCAAAGAUCCUGCAGACCUGAGGGUGCAGCUGCGGGAGCAGCACCUCUAUUACCGGGACAAACUGCUGCCCAUCAACCGGAUCAUCGUGCACCCCAACUACUAUGUCGUCCUGGAGGGGUUUGACAUCGCCCUGAUGGAGCUGGAGGAUCCUGUGAAUAUCUCCUGCAAUGUCCAGCUGGUCGCUCUGCCCCCUGCCUCGGAGACCUUCCCCCCGGGGACUCAGUGCUGGGUGACAGGCUGGGGGGAUGUGGGCAAUGGAGUAUCUCUCCCCCCGCCGUUCCCCCUGAAGGAGGUGAGGGUCCCCAUCGUGGAAAACAGCAAAUGUGACGCGGAAUACCACACUGGCCUGUACACGGGGGACAACGUCCACAUUGUCAAGGACAACGUGAUCUGUGCCGGGGACGAGGAGAGUGACGCCUGCCAGGGCGACUCUGGAGGGCCCCUGGUCUGCAAGGUCAACGGCACCUGGAUGCAGGCGGGUGUGGUCAGCUGGGGUGACGGCUGUGCCCAGCCCAACAGGCCAGGCAUCUACACCCGCGUCACCUCCUACCUACACUGGAUCCAUCAGUACAUCCCCAAGGAGCCCUGAUCCUGUCCCUCCUACUGCCACCUGGGGCCGAGGAGAAUCCAGCCCCCUCCUGCCCCAGACCACUGCUUCCUGCCCAGUGUCUGCCCUUUCCACCU